AUGGGUAUCUCCCGCGACACCCGCCACAAGCGGUCCGCCUCUGGUGCUAAGCGUGCCUCCUACCGCAAGAAGAGAGCCUUCGAGAAGGGCCGUCAGCCAGCCAACACCCGUAUCGGCGGCAAGCGUAUCCAUCUCGUCCGCGUGCGCGGCGGCAACCGCAAAUUCCGAGCUCUGCGCCUCGACUCAGGCAACUUCAGCUGGGGCAGCGAGGGUGUAGCCCGCAAGACCCGUGUCAUCGUCGUGUCCUACCACCCAUCUAACAACGAGCUCGUCCGCACCAACACCCUCACCAAGUCGGCCGUCGUGCAGAUCGAUGCCGCACCUUUCCGCACCUGGUACGAGACCCAUUACGGCACCUCCAUCGGCCGCAAGCGUCAGCAGCAAAAGGGCGAGGCCGUCGAGGACAAGAAGGUCAGCAACAGCGUGACCAAGAAGCGUGACGAGCGGGUCAAGAAGAUGGGCAAGAUCGACAAUGCGCUCGAGCGUCAGUUUGAGGCUGGUCGUCUGUAUGCCGUAGUCAGCUCGCGGCCGGGCCAGAGCGGUCGUGUUGACGGCUACAUCCUGGAGGGUGAUGAGUUGGCGUUCUACCAGCGUGCGAUCAGGAAGUAA